UGUGUUUUAGAUGGGAUUGCUAAGCCUUGGCAUUGCUGUUACAUUAUUGUAUUUGGAGCUAUCUUAUGUAAGUUUAAACUGCUACGGAAUGAAAAAGUAAUUGAAAAAAGAAUGCUAUAGACACGCAACCUGAACAUAAUCAUGCUUGCUGUAACAUCAUGCAUAUUCCUAGAGUACAACAAUAUAAAAGACUGGCAAUUUAAGAAAGUGUCACAUAUUAAAAGAUUAGUCUCAACUAAUUGACAUAUAAAAGUAUUGAAGUAGACAUUUACCAAUAGGUUCAUGAUAGGUUCACUUCCUUACUAAUCAGAAAACUGGGGAAAAGUGGAAGGAAGGUUCAUAAAGGUAGAGACUUGAAUUACAGAAUAUAAGAUCGAAAAGGAGAAGUAAUGUUAAUAAAGAUAGAUAAUCAGAUUACAGAAUUUAAGAUUGAAAAGUAGAAAAAAGGUAUUCGUAAGGUAAAAAUUUCAGUUACAAAAGAAGGUGAUUGUAAGCAGAUAUGGAAUAAAGAACUAUGAGCCUGGGGAUUUUAAGAAAUGGUACCACACACUCAGGAAGGCAUAUAACAGAUGGAAGGAUAUACGGGAUAAAAAGUUGGACUUCUUUUUUGAGCAUCAGUAGAUACUCACCACAAUCGAUUGAAACAUUGAAAUAGAUAAUACAGAAAAUGUGAAUGCUAUAUUAUGAACAUUAAUGAAACAAAAAUGGACAUAAAUGUUACAAAUUUCAAUAUAAAUGCUACAGACAUGAAUGCAAAUGUUAUAAACAUGAAUGCAACAAGCAUAAACAGUACAGGUGUAACGAAUUACAUUCACCCACACAAUUUACCCGAAGGAUUAAAACUGUGUCAUUUGAUUAUUGAAAUGAUUGUGGCUAUAAUGACGGUGCUACCAAAUGGUGUAGUGCUCCUUAGUUACACGAAAAGCAGAGCCUUACGGUCAGAGCGCUACAUUCUUCUGAUGAGUUUAAGCAUCUGUGACUUUUUGGUUGGUUUAAUAGCUCUACCAAUCAACUUGGUGUAUCACUAUAUCCCGAUCAACUAUAACUAUAUAAAUGAAUGCUAUCUUUGCACAGCUCGUACGUUUAUCGUUGUUGUUUUAGCAGGUGUCUCCAUCUUUCAUUUAGCCACGAUAUCUCUCAUCAGAUUGAUCACGAUUAAGUGGCCAAUGCGGCAUGCUAGAUUCCUGACACCAUUUACAUUGAGGAUGGUUGCUAUUGGCAUGUGGGUUUAUAUGAUCUUUAUCAGCUUCUUCAUGUUUCUUGACAAAUUCAACACAUGGACAAUCAACACUGGUAACUGUCUUGUAUAUACUAUCAUAGUUCCUGGCUAUUACAAAAUCCUCCAGUGGCAUAUCAUUUUGUUCAUGGUGGUAUGUCUCAUCAGUUCAAUUAUGAUUGGAUAUAUUGCAUGGAAACAGAGCAAGAAAAUCGCUCAAGUUAUUGUUCUCUCUAUUUCAAACAA